UUCAAAUAAACGGAUUAGGCGGGAACCAUGCAAGGAGAGCGGGUUCCCUAAUGUGCGAUGAUGGGAAAGUCGCAGACGAGGAGGCGCGCUGAUUAGAGUUAAGCUUAGACCUCUUUAGACGGACGAGUGCGAGGGACUUGUUUACUCGACGGGGAGUAGUAGACCUUGAACUUGCAGCUCGGAAUUCGCUCCCUCGCCGACCUGCUAACCCCCUCUUUCUGAGCGGGAAUCUCACUGCGUCUUGCGCUCGCCCAUAGCCGCCGCUGGGGGACGCUGGCUCGAGGAAGAGAAUUGUCGUCGAAAAUGGCCGAAGUCCUGGGGCAAGUAGGCGUGCAGCACGGUCACGGUUACGCACAUGCGCACGGGCAGCAGCACCUGCACGGAGGUCACAUAGUUUCGCAUAGGCCACCGGCAGUCGCUUUAGCGCCUCCACCAACGGUCAGGGUCAGCGGCCCGCCGCCCGCUUUGCCGCUCUUGCAGGUACGGAGCGGAGCUGCUGUGCCCCCGGGAAUACCACCCCAGUCUGCGGGAACGGUCCCGGUAAGGCAAGCCUUUCAAGGCCAGCCAAAAACAUGGACAAAGCCAGAAGUCCUUUGGAAGGUUUCGGAGCUUGUGUGGGCCCUAUUUCCAAGGGAUCCAAAGGUGCAGCGAGACUUCGCGUAUUGGAAGGGCCUCGGGACGAGCUUCUUUGCCGGCGAGGGGCGUUUUAUCUUAGAAUUUAUGAUACCAGGGGCAGAGGCAUGCUAUGAUAUGAAUGUGGCGAUGAUGGCCCGCCACUUUGCCACGCUAUACCAAACCGGACUGACGCGGACAAGUUUGACCCUCGGACAACCCGUCCACCCCAUGAAUAACAAGGAACAACAUUGUUACCUCAGCUUUCCCCAUACCCAAUAUCAUUGCGAAUAUGCAGGUGGCCAAACGGUCAUCUACGAUGGAAUACUGCUUGUCAAUCUCAAUCCUCAGGGCCAGUUUGCUAUCUUUCAUUUUCAAGCAAAGAAAAUAACGGAACUCAACGUGGUGCAUUUGCGCCCAGCUGUGGAUGCAUCGGCUUCGGCUCGCGGUGUAACCCUCCAUGCCGUCACGAAGCUACCUGUCUUGUGUCACAGAAGGUUGAAGGUAGCUCGGGCCUCGAUGCUACUUGUCCCAAUGAUAUACGAAGCUCGCAAGACCAGCGUCAAAGCCGCACGGGCAAUGUUCGCUCGGAACACAUUGAUCUCGUGGGUAACGAAAGACGGGCAUCAUGGCUUCGACAGCCUCGACCCAGCGUUGGCGGCCGGCUUACCUGCAGUGAAGCAGCAACUGGUGCACCAUCCCCGUCAAACGCAGGGGCAAAGCUCAAUUCAAAUUCAAGGUGGAGGACAACAACUCGCAGGCCACGAGAAACAAACCUCACACCAGUUAGGAAAGAUAGUUACUCAACAGAAGCUUGAGAAUGUUGUCUCAAGUGCAUCGUCAUCGAUAUCGCCACCCCCGCCGUACGCAACGAUGCCCCCGGGCGUUGGCACCAGGAUCCCGUUUGCGCAGCAAUCGUCGGCUGGGACUUACGGCGGCAUGCAGCAGUCGUCUGUCGGACCUGCCCGAGCACAUUCUUUGUGCAUUGACGAGGCCACGGUACGCUUCGUGGAAUUGACAUCAGCGGGUCUCGACCCGUACGAGGCGGAUCAAAUUGUUCACCACCCGCAACUUCACCAACAGCAAGCACAGCAACAGGCGUUCGUCCGAGGGAAUGGCGCUCCGUCGUACUCGUAUCAAGGUCAAGCACAAUUUCAAGCUGCAGGCCCUCCCUCCGGCUCCUUCCAUAACCGCGUCGAUCCUCGCACUGCUGCUUUCCAGCAACAUCACCAGCAACAACAGCUUGCGCAGGCGCAGGCUGCAAUGUUCGCUGAACAUCAGCAGCAGCAGCAAGUAUACCCCGGAGCAUCAUCAUCACAGCAGCAGUAUGGCGUGAUGCGUGGGAGUAACGGUGUGCGUGGGCAAAAACGGCGAUCCUGUGAGGACUUGGACACAUGGGCAAUAAGUCAAGCCGCGGCUGCCGCGGACUACCACAGCGCCCCGUUGUCCGGAGAAUUGGACAAUGUGGGGAGCGGAAACCCGCCUCGGAAGUCGAGCAUUGGGGCCACCGGUCGACCGGCGAAGCGGCCCGCAAACCAUGCCACCAUCACGACUUCCGCUACGCCGACAAUGACGACCGCGGAUCCGAUGUCGGACUCGGCCACGUCCCCCGCGGGCGCGGGCAUGUCCCCUCAACGCCGCCUUAGUAAAUCAAAGGCGCCAACAAAGCCGCGCAAACCCACGGCAAAGCAAAUAAAAGCAGCGGCUGCAGCGGCUGCGGCUGCUGUCGCACAUGGCGGGGUCAACGGGGCUGGAAUGACGGGGAUGACCGAGGGAAUAUUGUGAUCAUGUUUUGCGGCCUGUUCUGCUCUGUGAGCAAAUUUUUGGGAUGCUUUUUGUUUGUCUUCAGUUCGUUUUGUGAAGUGGUUUUUGUACCGUGGCAUAAUCACUGUACCCUCAAUCAUGACGGAUAGGGUUCUAUUCCACAUAGUUCUGGUUUUCGUUUCGUUGCUUGCAUGCCAAUAGAAGGCGUAAUGCUCGGCUUUGCGAAAGUGGGCAUGUCAUGGGA